GUUGCAAGGAGAUGUUGAUUCAGAAGCCGAAGGGCAUUCGUUCAGGUUUUUUCGUCUUGGUCACCUUCUUCACGGCAUCUACCUUGUUUAGCACUAACACAGAAUAUUGUUGAACCGCUUUGCGUUCUGUACAUGUAGUUUCUGUCAAUAAAGAACAAUCUUUUCCGUAGAUUCAGGCCGUGGAGAGUUUUUUUUAUCUCAAUUUUACUGCACGCUUCGAGCACAUAAUACUCGGACUUGACCCAGCCGUAUCUUGUAGUUAGCUUCUCACAAAAUACUGGCAAUAGGAUGGCCGAUGAGAAUUGUCCGUCGCAGGCGCCUGCUGCAGACAACGCUGAAUCAAGCAAAGGAGCCUCAGGAUCAGAUGUACUCCCAAUUCCUCAGGCCGUAAAGAAUGGUGGUAACUCAGCUUGGGCCGAUCUUGUUCCUUCACCCAGGAUGAGUGAUGCGAAUGUGAGCGACAACGAGUUGCCGGGUUCACCGAGUAAACCCAAUGAUGAAAGGGAUGCUCAACCCGAACAGCCAGAAAAGGAAGUUGCUCCAGAGAAGCCGACCAGCAGCAAAAAAAGUAGAAAAGUCGCACUCCCUCCAUCCACCAAUCCUUGGACCAAAGGCGGCAAAGGGAAGAAGUCAGAUGAAGGGAGUGCUAGUGCUGCUCAUGUCAACGGUGAAAAAUCGGCCAAGUCCGCGGACUCCCAGCCCGACCGUAGCAAGGAAAAAGCUGAAAACACUGCGAAGGCACCGAAGCCGAAAACCCAUCACUCAACGAAGAAAGGUCGCAGUGGCAAGGAGUUUUCGGACGAUGCAGCAAGCUGGCCGCCCUUGCAUGAAACAUCCAAGUCUUCCAAAGAAGGUGGCCACCAAGCAAGCUCCAAGUCGAAAGCGAAAAAAUCUGAAGCAAAAAAAGAAGAACAGAAAAAGAAGCAUAAAAAGAAAUGGGCUCCUCUGCCUCUGGAGUCUGGAGGCGCCGGUGCCGAUAAUGCGUCGUGGAAUGAUGAGUCUGGUCGCGGUGACAAGUGGUCAGGCCGCCACUGGAACUCUGGUCGGCGCCGUGGCAAUGGCGGUGGCCGAGGCCGCUCUCGCGGCGGGCACGGCGGUGGCCGUGGCGGUGGUGCCCGUGCUAGCAACGGGUUGAGCAAUGGCCAGGCGGAAGCAGCAUACGACCCCAGCCAGUAUGCUGUGGCUGAAGAUGGCACGAUGGUGGCCCAAGAGUAUACAGAAGACGGAGACUACUACAGCAAUGUGUAUGUGGGUCCCGAUGGGUACUAUGUGCCAGCAGAUACAUAUUACUAUAGCACCGAGUACCAACUGGAGUACCAGCAGAUGCGCCUUACCGCUCAGCUUGAGUUCUAUUUCUCUGAUGAAAACUUGCAAGGUGAUUUCUACGCUCGCACUUGGAUGGAUUCUGAUGGUUUCCUUGAGGCCAGCUUGCUCCUGACGUUCAGCCGGGUAGCCCUGCUCACCGACAACAUUGCAGCAGUUGUAGAGGCUGCGGCUGCGAGUGAGUUUCUGGAGGUCCGGGGCCAGAUGAUCCGCCGUGCGGUCGGCUGGGAGCCGUAUGUUCUUGAUAAGGAAACCCGCAAAGGACAACGGAACGGCUACUCCAAGGUCAUUGGUGUAGCAAGUCGAGGUGUGUCGACUGAGGCCACGCUAACCACAUCGGACAUGCCCGUGCAGCGUGGUAAUACCACUCCCGAGGACAACGCCGGCAUGGCAACGGCGGCGGCUCCACAAGCAGCAGCUGCUGGCUCUUCUGCAGUGGCAGGGUGGCCACGCAGCAGCUCCGUUGAGGUGCGCACAGAAGCUGAUGCAGCACGCGCCCCGCCUUCUGGUCGUCCGCAGGCAAAGGCAAAAUCCUUGGAUGUUGGCGAGGAGCUCCAGUUCCAAUUUGAGGAAGAGGUUCAAACAUGCGGUUCGCAGAAUGUUGCUAGCAGUGACAACGCGGAGUGGUCUGAGGAUGAUGAUGAGUUGCCUGACGAGGACGUCAGUAUGAUUGAGGUUGUAGCUCAGAAAACGCCACCAAGGCCAACGGCUGAAACCGCCCGGUUAGCUCGUUCAAUUGGCCCGGUGCUGGGUGCGGAGUCACCGCAAGUCAAAUACGACAAGGUCGAAGCGAAGGCCAUUGACGAAGGUCUACUAACGUUGGAAUCGGGCUUGCUGAGUACGGCUGAAAUAAGCCAGCGGAGAAGACGUACCGACUCUACCAGCAGUGGGCGAAGGCGUCGGAGAAACCGUGGCAGUCGCAGCAGGUCGCGCGAUCCGCCCACCCAUCGUUUCUUCCCCGUGCCGGACAAAGUUGUGCAGCCGUCCCCUGACAAGAGACACAAAAGCAAGUAUACUGACAACCCGCCAGUCGAGGCUCACGUCGGUUGGAUCAUGAGCUCGCGUCGCCGCGAGAACUACCAGCCGAGCACUGAUUGGUCUGCCAGCCCGGUCAACAGCGUCGGCAACAACAGCUUUGAAGAGUACUCCUACAGCUAUGGCUCUGCUCCGCGGUCGUUCUCGCAGAUGAACCAUCCCUCUCACAAACUGCUCGAGGAAGGCAACUUCUGCAGACAGGGCUACGCCAGGUUCCGGGAGCACAGUCUCGAAGAGCGUAACCAGCUCGGGGUGGGCAUCUCCAACGAGAUGAAUACACUCUUCCGCUUCUGGUCAUUCUUCCUUCGAGCACGCUUCAACAGGAAAAUGUACAAUGAGUUCAAGACGCUUGCCCUUGAGGAUGCAUCUGCCGGCUAUCGGUACGGCUUGGAGUGCCUGUUCCGCUUCUACAGCUACGGUCUGGAGAUGAAGUUCAGGAGAGACCUGUUCGCUGACUUCCAGCAAGAGGUUCAGAAGGACUUCCAAGCAGGUCAGCUAUAUGGCCUGGAGAAGUUCUGGGCAUUCCUCAAGUACUGGAAGGGCAAGGAGCUUAACGUGGACAGUGUCUUGAAGAGCUUCCUCGGUCGCUACAGUCGUCUGGAGGAUUUCAGGACGGAGAAUGGAGAAGAUAACGCUGCACCCGCACAGCAGCAUGAUGCCAACGGUUCUGGUCGUAUUACCCCGUCAUCAUCGACAACUGGCCUUUCCUUUGUGACUCCCAUCGGCACCGGUGGUGCCGUUCCACUGGUUACCCCAACACCCACCAAUGAAGGCCAAGCUGCCGUUGCUGCGGUUGCUGACCAGGCAGCGGGCUCUACGGCCCGUGAUAUCCCACCGCGCUGCAACCUUGAAGUCGUCUAGACUGCUCAUCACGCUGUUGUUGGCGCAAGUGUUUUUUUUCUUUUCCCGCUGUUGUUGUCGUCUUGCGAGUCGCUAGUUAAAACUAGCGCCCUCUGUUGCUGAAUUGGUUGCUGUGAUGAUUUGAGCACGGAUUAUUCUAGAGAAGUCGUUGGAAAGGAGCCAGUAUUCUAUUACUGGCAGCUCCUCUUCCCCGUGCUCCCUGCAAUGUGCCCUUUCCUGGGUAUGAAUUGGCUGCAGGCAGCUUGUAGAGCUUGGUUUGUUCGAUUACUUUCGGUGCAGUGUAAGGUCUGAUACCUGCCUCAAGUAAUUCACCUCGGUGAGUAGUGAUGGCUUUUGCUUGGACGCUAUGAAACGCCAGCGUCCUAAUGCCUCUAUGUACAGUUCAUACUCCUGGUGAGGUGUGCCGUCUUGUGUCAGUUCCGUUUGCCAUCUGUGUGCGACACUAUUUCAUGGCCAUGUUCCGUACCGUCGCUACGACAACCAUUGCAGUCCGGCGAUUGAGGCAGUCCCGGACAGUGAGUGUGAUACAUGUGCAUGCACUGGACGAGAACUACAGAGUGUAGACAAGCUGUUGUCACUGCUCCCAUAACACGUAGUCUUGCUGAUUUCCCCCCACUAUGAGUAGAGUGAUCCAACCCCGGUGAUUUAAGAAAUGUAACUUUUUAACAAAAUUAUGUGUCUACCAAUUCUUGCAACCAAGGUCUUGGUCUUUCUCGUUUUCUUUCUUUUUCUUGAUCUAUAAACCACUGUAUGUGUGACUGUAUCCUUACGUCCUCUGGUUUUCUCCCGACCGCUUUCUGUUCUCUGGCUAAGUGUUUGCUUCUUUACCGUUGUGCAGUAUUGGACUGUGUGUCCGUCCCCGUUUGCUGGUCUUGUCUGUCUUUGUUUGCGUUAGCGAUUGAGGCUGUCCGUAUUACGAUGUCUCAAGUGCUAUCGAUAUUGUUAACCUGCUUGCCUCUGCAAGGUGUUAUACAGAGCUCCUAUUUAUUUCUCGUUCAGCCAGAAAUUUCCUGUCACGUCUCCUUGUUGCGAGUCUUGGCUACUUUGGUUGUUGUUCUCUCAUGUUUGGCAAUGCACAUGAUAUUUUGUGCUCAUGUACUUUCCUCUAUUGAAUAGAAUAUCUGCUUUCUGCAAUGCAUGCAUGCAUGUCUGGUCGCAGCAUUAUACUCUCCCCGUUGGUUUUCCUUAUUUUGAGUGGCCUCAGCAUAUCCGAGCCAAAUUCCGAUUCCAUUCUUCCUAACACUAAGUAAGUAGUUUUCGUA